AUGGUGUUGCAAUGUUACUCGCAGAAACUUUAUUUUUUUGGAGGGAGCAGCGACCACCUUGUUCAGUUGCAUUGGGAGAGGCAUGCGGUUAAUUCACUGGUAGUGCAUGUUCAGAUUCUUUCUGGAUAUUUCGACACGACCAUUGGACACAAACAACAAUCUGUUUCGUAUAAGAAGAUAUGCGAAGCAAUCCAUCUGAGUCCAGCUGAAGUUCUCUUCCUGACCGAUGUGGAACAAGAAGCAAGAGCUGCACGGGAAGCCGGUAUGCAAGUUAACAUAGUGGUACGAGAUGGUAAUGCGCCUCUUUCGGAAGAAGCUAAGCGAGACUUUACAGCAAUUCAUU